CGCGCGCCAUGGGACACGCGACAUUGCUAUGGCCUCGUGCAAGUACGGGGACGUUGGCGUCGAUGUCGUGCUUACGGCCGACGGCUCGUGCGCCGAUGGUACCGUCAUCUGCGUCGUCGAUAGCAACUGCGCGGUGCGUCAUGAGGUGGCAGCUAACUCGACACGCUUUGAGCUGCGGUCGGGCUGGCGCCUCGGCGAUUUCUCGCGCUACCCCCACCCGCACCUAGAGCUUGUCGACUUGGAUAUUGACUCGUCGCUGCACCGGUACCAGCAGAUGCCGUCGGGGCUUCAAGGACUGGCUUUUACGAGCAGCAUCCUGGCGUCCGAGACAACGACGACUGCGCUGAGUGGCCUCGCGCUGCCCCGAGGACUCCGACACCUGUCGUUUGAGGGCUGUUAUCUGGGCGCGAGCGUGAACUUAAACCGCUUCCGGCGCCUCGAAGAACUGUCCUUUCGCAACACUACGAUGUUCGAGUGGCCUUGGUUUGUACCUUCGACGCUUCGCCACCUGUCGGCUUUCAACAGCACUUUUCACAAGCUCAACGAUCUUGGCAAGCUAUCGGCGCUUGAGACGUUUCUUCCCAGCGAGCUCAGCGGGAUCACGCAGCUCUUCAAUUUCAACGCGACGCCGCACACGCUGCGCUACUUGUACUAA